AUGUCUGUUUUAAAGAAGAGAAUUACGCUACUGUUUCAAACCCCAGAGGACAUCGUGGAGGGUUUAACGAGAAAUGAUGCUCAGUUGAUUAUAAAAAACCAAAAUAAAGUCUUCAUUCAAACUAGAUGGACAAUAAUAAACAAUAACAUAGAAGAAAACAAUUCGAAUCACUUGGUUCGUAUCACUUGGAAGGAUAAAGGAUCGUUCAUAGAUACCCAUGAUGAUGACGAUCAUAACGCCACCGAACCAUUUCACAAUCAAUUAGAUUCAAUCAUUAACACUGGCUUUAAUGUCUAUGUAAAUAAUUCCAAUAUAACAUCUCUAAGUGAUUAUCCAUUAAUAAAAACGCCCAAAUAUAACCUUUUACAUUCUAAUACUCCUUUAUAUGACUUAUUUCCAAACAUAUUAUCUGAUACUGAAUUAAAUUUAAUUGAUCCAAACGAUUUUACUUUAAAGACCCAAUUCGAUAUCUUAAAGAAUUCUAACAUGACAGAAAUUAAUAAAUACGAGGUAUUAGAGCCAAAUGAUCUUUUGAUUAUUCAACAAAAUAAUAAUAAUAAUAGUAGUAGUAGUAGUAGUAGUAGUGACAAUAAUAAUACUACUACAAUAUCCAAUUUGGAGGUUGGUUUAUUUUAUAUCGAUUCUUUUGAUGACAUCGACACUAAUAUAUCUGGGUUAAGGUGUCUUUGGAAUCAAACUGAUAAGAUUCAAACAUGUUUGAAAACUUCUCUUUUCUAUAAACCAUUCAUAACUAAACAAUACAAGAAUCCCUUUUUACAAGUACAAUUGGAAGAACCAAUCGGUUUACAUCCAAAAAUUCUAAUAGAUUUAUCCAAUUAUCAUCAAGUACAGACAAAUUGUCAAUAUUAUUUAUUCUCUCAAUUACCUUUAGAAUUAUUUAUAGAUAAAUUUCAAUCUGAUCCAAUCUUUGUAUUUGGUGAAGACGAUUUGGAAUUACCUGAAUAUAAAUUAGUUCAAAGAUCAUGGGGUUCAGAAUUUCUCUACCAAUUAGAACCUGGGCAAGUCAAUGAACUUAUUUUACAUUCAAGAUAUCUAAAUAUUACUACUCCAUACCCUUCUACUUUUAAUGCUACAUUUGAUCCAAUCGUGUUUAAGGCUUGUGAUAAAAACGCUUUAGAUAUUGUUAAAAAUCCUUUUUAUUCUAAAUCUUUGGGAUUAGAAUCCUUUUUUACAGAUGAUACCAAAUUCGAUUUACUCUAUUCAACAACAUUAAACGUGCCGAUUCCAAGACCUGGGUAUACUGAUUUUAAUAAGAUUCAGUUGUUGACUGGAUUGACUUUAUUGUUUUCAAUCAUUUACUUAACUUGGAAAGUUAUCCCUAAAAAGAUACCAACUAAAAAAUAUAAACAUGAAUGA